AUGGUGGCGGUUUAUGAUUAUACUUUCCAGGUUAAACCUCCAAAGAUACGUAGCCUGGAUGUGAAAAAGUCCGCGGAUGGAAGGAAAGUCAAGUUGGUCUGCAGAACCAAGAGAACCCUCAACCAUGCUAAAAUAUCCUGGAGUAAGGACGGAGAGGAGAUCAAGAUCACUCAAGAUAUCAAGAUCAAAAAUAAGAGGUACAAAUCCGUCCUACUCCUCAAUCCUGUGAGGGUGGCCCACAGCGGGGUGUAUUCUUGUGCUGUCAUCAACCCAGCAGGCAGAGAUGUCAAAUCCUACAGUAUCUUCAUUGAAAGGAGAUCACCUAGUUCUGUCAACAGCCCGGAGAGCGCAGAACAUACUGUAGAGCACACUUCUUCUACUGGUACAGUUGCAUCCUCAACCACUACCCUUACUACUUCUCCUUUUACUCCUAGUUCUACUUCAACCACAAGUUCUACUUCAACAACAACACCAACGACUACAACAAGAUUGCCUCAGAAUCCAGGUGCUAAGGUUUCCUGUCCUUUGAAGGGAUAUUGUCUGAACAAUGGAAGCUGCUCGUAUAUCCCUUGGUUAGGAGAACUCAGCUGCUCCUGUGCUCCAGGAUUCCAGGGAGCAAGGUGCGAACGAAAGACGACUUCAGCUCUUUACUCUUCUCUAAGUAUUGUAAACACCUUGUGCUUGUUUGGAAUUGGAAACCCGUAUCAUUCCUGUUAGGAUGCCAUCUGAGCUGAGAACCCGGUAUUCUAAUGUUGAAUAGUUUCACUGGUUAAUAAUACCUGGAGAAAAUGUCGUGCUUCCAAUAAUAAGGUAUUUCUCCUGGUCUAAUCUCUCCCCCUGCCAAACCUUGGACCAGGUGAAGAUUCCUCAAGGCAUUCAUUCUGAAUAGAAACCUAUUUCUCCUCUAGUCAAUUGUAUAUAUCCGGAAUAGUAUGCUGUAAGUGAUCUCCAAUCUGGCUUUUCUUAAGCCUCGUUUCUCUGUUUUAUAGAUUGAUAUUAUAAUUUAGUAAAUAUCUUACAUAUAUUAUACUUCCAUGCAUUUUUAUUCUU